GCCACUGAUCAACAUUUCGCCAUUUGUUCUCUUUUUCCUCUGAAUCAACUCGCUCUCGCCUGACUCACCGAGUCAUGGCGCUUCUUAGACCUCACCUUCAUCGCUUCAACUCCAACGCUCUCCACCAAUCAUCCCCUCAAACUGGAGGUGGACUCCUCGUCUACCCCACUUACGGCCGUCGUCGCCACCACCGCUGCUCCGCGAUUGCGAUCGACGCGCCGUCGUCUCUCGCCGGCGUGACGCCUAUUCGAUGGGGGUACACGAGCGUUCAAGGGUUUAGGGAGGAGAUGGAGGACGAUAUCGUUAUCCGUUCGGAGGGUCUAGAUAGCUUCUCCUUUGCUGCUGUUUUGGACGGCCACGCUGGAUCGUCUUCUGUUAAAUUCCUUAGGGAAGAGCUGUACAAGGGGUGUGUUGAGGCGUUGCAAGGUGGAUCUUUGUUGGAAGGAGGUGAUUACGUGGGGAUCAAGGAAGCUUUGAUUAAGGCUUUUGAGAGUGUGGAUCAGAGUUUGCUUAAAUGGCUGGAGACAAAAGGUGAAGAAGAUGAGUCUGGUUCAACGGCUACUGUGAUGCUCAUUAGAAAUGAUGUUUCCUACUUUGCACAUAUUGGUGAUUCUUGUGCAGUUUUAUCUCGAUCGGGACAAAUCGAGGAGUUGACUGAUUCUCAUCGUCCGUAUGGAAGCAAUAAGGCAGCUGUUCAGGAAAUGAAAAGAAUCAAACAUGCAGGUGGAUGGAUUGUCAAUGGAAGGAUUUGCGGAGACAUAGCUGUAUCUCGUGCUUUUGGUGACAUCCGGUUCAAGACAAAGAAGCAUGAGAUGUUAAAGAAAGGUGUCGAUGAAGGAAGAUGGACCGAGAAGUUUGUAUCCAGAAUCGAGUUUAAAGGGGACAUGGUUGUCGCAACUCCAGAUAUAUACCAAGUACCUCUUACAUCAGAUGUGGAGUUCAUUAUUUUAGCUUCUGAUGGAUUAUGGGACUACAUGAAGAGCAAAGAAGUGGUUAGUUUCGUAAGGGAACAGCUCCGAGAACAUGGAAAUGUCCAGCUUGCUUGUGAAGCUCUUGCGCAAGUUGCUUUGGACCGGAGAUCAGAGGACAACAUCAGCAUCAUCAUAGCUGAUCUAGGAAGAACAGAGUGGAAGAAACUCCCGGUGCAGCGACAAAACAUGGUGGUUGAACUGGUUCAGGCGGCAGCUACUGUGGGUAUAGUUACUGUUGGCAUAUGGAUGACUUCUCUUCUCUCUUGAGUAAAAUGAAACAUCCAGUCUCCUUCCUUAGUGUAUAUAAAACAUGUAACUAUGUCAAACUCUCUAUUAGCCUUCCCAUAGAGAUGGAGAUGUGAUGAUACCUCACAGUUGGGGAACUCACCAAAGUACAUGUAAACUCUCUAUAGUAUAUGCUUAGUGUAAAGAAAAAAAUAUUCACUCCAACGUAA